UAAAAUAUGUGUGUUGCGAAGUGAUUUUCUCAAUUUCAAAAUGUCCGAUAUAGUCUUUGGGUUUUUCGCCGCAGUUGCAUUUAUUGUCAUUAUCCUUUUUGAUGUUGGAAUUGUAACACCUUACUGGAUAACGGUAGAAGUGACUAUUCCAAAUUCUACAAGAUUUCAGGUUACAGCUUACACAGCAAUCGUUUUUACAGUUUUCGAUAAUUUAGUCAUAUGGCUUAAUGUAGCAACUUCCUUGUGUCUGACCGUCUUUCCUUUGUUCUGGAGUUGUAUCAGGUGUAUCAUUUGUUGCCGAAGCAGCAAUGGAAAUGAAAAUAGCCGAGAAUGCACAGAUAGUUGCUGUAAAUGUUACUCUUUACCUUACACUCUUGCAGGUCUUCUUGGAUUUGCAUCCGUCCUGACAGUGGUUGUUAAAUUUGGCCUUAAACAACUUAGAUGGUCGUUUUAUCUUACCGUUGCCUCAACCUCUGUUAUUCUUCUACAGACUGUGCUUCUGAUAGUAUAUUCUGUACGGUCCAGAAACACAGAUGAAAAAUGUACAAUAUUUCUUGUGUACAGACGACGGCAUUCAUCUAA